AUGGAACAACCAAUUCUUAUCCCCUAUAAAAUGAUUAAGAACAUUCUGAAAAAACUUCCUAAGGACAGGACAGAGGACGAUAUUAAAAGUCUCGAAAUAUACUUGUCAACAAAUCAGUUUUUUGAGAAACUUUAGCAGUAAUGUGAUAAGGAAGCACUACAUGAAGCCAUGCGUGCUUUGUAAAUCUAGUGCUUAAGGACUAACUCAAUAGUGUUUUAGUUUGGAGAUUUUGGAGAUGAGUUUUUUAUAAUUCUAAAUGGCAAGGUUAGUGUUUAGGUGCCAACUUAGAUAAACUUAGUCUGCAAUCAAAGAGAUCUUAUGAGCUAUCUUGUUGAAAAUUUCGAUCUUAUGAUGUGGAGAAAGAUUGAAAACGGCGAGAAUCUUAAGAAGUCAGCCGAAUAUGAGAAAUUGGCGAGGCAAAUGAAGAUUCAGACAGAGAGCUAGCCAGCGGUAACAGUUCCUAAAGAAAGUAGUUCUAGAAUAGUAACAGACAGCUCCAGCAAGUCAUUUAUGGAUGCUCCUGUUUAGUAAACUGAAAAGGAGAUUAAGCUCUCCUCACUUUAGUAUAAUUCAAUGGUUUAUAGUGAGGUUAUAUAGUAAUACAGCGUUUGGAUAUUGAAGGAGGUUGCGUAACUGGGCAAGGGAAUGAGCUUUGGAGAACUUGCCCUGAUCACUGCUAAGCCUAGAGCAGCAACUAUAGUGUGUGCUGAGGACACCGAUCUUGCAGUACUUGAUAAAAACAACUAUGAGAGAGUAGUGGGUAAGGCGCUUCGGAGAAAAGUUAAUGAAAAGGUAGAAUUUCUACAGUAGUUUCGUAUUCUAUCACAUAUUAAUGAAACUCAAGUCCAAAGAUUAACAUAUUAUCUUAAGGAGGUAAAAUUUAACAGAGGUCAUGUAGUCUAUAAGAUCGGACAGAAGGUGGAUGGGAUUUACUUUAUAAAGGAAGGGGAGUUUGAAUUAAUAAGGGAGAUAAACGUGCACAAGCAGAUGGAAAGCUACAUUGCAAAGGCUAGACAGACUGACAUGACGAUGGGCUAGAAAUUGGUGCUUAAGAAACAAACUAAAUUAAAAUAAGAUCCAAGUGUCAACAAAAUUAGAGUUGCUAUUUUAGGCAAAGGAGAAAUAUUUGGUAUUGAAGAAACUUAAGUAGAACUGGGAGACGCAAGAUUGAACACAGUAAUCUGUUACAAAAAUGAUUCCCUAGCUUACUACAUGUCGCUCUAAGAUUUCAAAGAAAGAGUCGUAGGCGAUAAGGUACUUCAAGACAUUGAAGUGGAGAAUUCACUCAAAAAGUUAUUCUAUAAAUUUAGAAAGGCUCAAAUCAAGAUAUUUGGAGAGUAGGAGAGGGACCGAUAUGGAGUGUCCGAGCCAGAUUACUCUCAUCCUCCUCCUGUGCUCAAACUUAAGGACUAUAUUUAGAAUCAAAAUCAAACAAACUACUAGAAAAUAAUUAAGGAGCAUCUCAAGAACAAGGGUUCGCUUCAUAGUAGCUUGAAUGAGGAAAUGAUCAAGAAUGAUGAGAAUUUUAUGAGCAAGUUCAGGAAGCAUUAAAACCGUCUCAAACCGAUUUUAAAAGAUAGAGAUAUCAAGACUCAAAGUUCACUUUCUCCUGAAAUUAGUCACAGGGAAAAGUAUCGUGAUUUGAAAUCUAAGUCAGUCUAGAAGCAAACUCAAAUAGUCGACCUCAGUUCUAUUAAUAAGUCUCCUAUAAAGCCUAAAUUCGAGCAACCAGCUGAAGAAAACCUCAAAGUAGAUUUAGAAGAAACUAAGAAGCUAUUGAACAGAGUUUCAAGUGGCUCAUUUUUCAAGGUAAUUACAGAGACUUUGAAAUAAGAUGAAAAAACAAACAACAUCGACAACACAAAAGCAGUGAUUAGAGUUAUUGAUAGCAUCAAGAAUCAAAAUGAAUAGAUAUUUAUAAGAAGGACAAAGGUGUAUGAAAAUGGACUUGAUAAGCUGGAUCAUAUAGUAUACCAAAACCUUAAAGGGAAAAAACUUUAGAAUAAAAAAGGCGAUAAAGCAUCACUUUCUACUAAAUUCAAGCAAAAAAGUCAUUUUGACAAAGCCUCUCAUCACGUAAGAGGUAGUGUUGAAACUGAUUAUAAAGACAUUGAUGAGAAGACUUAAGAAACUUAACAGGAUAUAAUGGAUACUACUGAAAAUACUCUAUCUAAAUCAAAGCUUAUUAAUGUAUAAUCACACAAAGUCCUACCAGAAAAUGAUGAGUCCAACAAGUCUGCUCAUAAUAAGGGAAAUAUCAUUAAUCAUAGCUCUAUAGAAGCUAUAAAGGAUCCUAAUUUUUCCCAAGCAUAAUUAGCUAGACUUUAAGAACAGCAAUAUCAACUGCCAAAGAUCAAGGUAUAUUAAGAAAAAAAGUUCAAUUUACUUUAAAAUCAGAGCAACCUCAAUAAUACUAGUAUGUUAAACCAAGACUACGGAGGCGUUCCAGUUGGUGCAAGUUCUUAAUAUUAUAAUAACAAAUCUAAUCUCAUUUCUGAAGAAAAGUUCUUGCCAAUAAAUAGCUAUAGAGAACUUGAAAAUAACAAUCAUUUCCUACCCUCAAGUGUAAAUUACUCGUUUGUACAGAAAAUGAAGAGAAAAUCACAGUCAAUGCAUAAAAAGACAAGUAGUCUCGGAUCAGCUACUCAGCAAUAAUAAGAAUUUACAAAUUAAUAAGCCAAGAUCAAGGCUCUUUUCCAAAAAUAUCUUCAAGACAAUCAAUCUUAUGUUGCCAAUAGUGAAAGCUAAAUAUUCGAUUAGAGUAGUUAUGUAAGAUAAAUGAAGCAAAGAAGCAAUCAUAGGAAAGCAAACAGCAAAUCAGCUAUGAGCGGCAAAGAGGAAUUGAUUUAAUUCAGAAACUAAAUUAUCACAUAGUUUAAUAAUAGCUAGAUCAGAUUGUCACUCAAAUAGAAGCAUCAUUGA